CUCUAAAACCCCCCUCUUCCUUCCGCUUCAAUUCCAUUUCAUUCCAAUCUUAGGGAUUCCAUGGAACCCUACCUCCGGUGAUAGCCGCCGCCGCCGCCUCGGGCGAUGGCCUCCGCUUCCGGCCUCGUCAACGCCGCCCUCCCGGACGACCUGCUCGCGGAGGUGUUCCGCCGCGUCGCCGCCGCGGGGGGCAAGGCCGACCUUGACAGCUGCGCGCUCGUGUGCCGCCGCUGGCGCGGCGUCGAGCGCGCGUCCCGCCGCGCCGCCAGGGUCCCCGUCGACGGGCCCGACGGCGACGCCGUCGUCCGCUGCGUCGCCGACCGGUUCCCGGGCCUCGCCGAUGUCUUCCUCGACCACGGCCUCUACAUUGCCGCCGGCGCCUCCGCCGCCGCCGCGGAGCGGAGCAGGGCACAGGGUUGGGAUAACGAAAACCCCAAGUUAGAUGAGCAACAUAUGCAGUGUUCCACACUAAGCGAAGAUACGCAAAAAGAAAAUGGCAGUGAUGGUGUCAACCCAACCUCAUUUACUGAUGCUGGGCUACUUCAUCUCAUUGAGGGUUGCAAAGGGCUUGAAAAGCUGACUCUAAACUGGUUUUUGCACAUUUCUGAAAAGGGGCUGGUGGGAAUUGCAAAUCGUUGCCGGAAUCUGCAAUCGUUAGCGCUUUCGGGUGGCUAUGUUCAAAACCAUGGGUUGAUUACUCUGGCAGAGGGAUGCAAUCUUAGUGAAUUAAAGCUGUGUGGUGUUCAAGAGUUGACGGACGAAGGACUGGUUGAAUUUGUAAAGAUACGUAGUAAAUCAUUGGUCUCUCUUGAUAUUUCUUUCUGCAAUGGUUGCAUAACAUACAGAUCCCUGUAUGCAAUUGGUACCUACUGCCAUAACUUGGAAGUCCUAUCCGUGGAGUCCAAGCAUGUUAAUGAAAACAAAGGAAUGAUCUCUGUUGCAAAAGGAUGCCAAUAUUUGAAAUCCUUAAAGAUGGUAUGGCUUGGUGUCGGCGAUGAAGCUUUAGAAGCUAUUGGUUCAUCUUGCUCUGCUUUAGAAAAUUUGUCACUUGACAACCUUAAUAAGUGCUCAGACAGGAGCCUUUUUUCCAUAGCAAAUGGAUGCAAGCAGCUGAAAAGUCUAAUUAUCAAAUCGUCGGUCAAAUUCACAGAUAGAAGUAUUGAACGUGUUUCCCAGAACUGUAAAAUGCUACAACACAUGGAAAUUAACAUGUGCCAUAUUAUGGAAAGUGCUGCAUUGGAGCAUAUUGGACAGCGAUGCAUAAAUCUUCUAGGGCUCACUCUAAACAGUCUGUGGAUUGACAAUAAUGCAUUUCUCGGAUUUGGUCGAUGUUGCUUCCUUCUCAAGUCUGUCUGUUUGGCCAACUGUUGUAAAAUAAGCGAUGAGGCCAUAUCUCACAUAGCUCAAGGCUGCAAGAACUUGAGAGAGCUUUCUAUCAUCUCUUGUCCUCAGAUCGGGGAUGAAGCAUUACUAUCUGUAGGUGAGAAUUGUAAAGAACUUAGAGAGUUGACCCUCCAUGGUCUUGGGAGGUUAAAUGAUACCGGGCUUGCUACGGUUGAUCAAUGUCGUUUCCUUGAGAGGUUAGAUAUAUGUGGGUGCAAUCAAAUUACUGAUUAUGGGCUUACUACCAUUAUAAGAGAGUGCCAUGAUCUAGUCCAUCUGAAUAUAAGUGAUACCAAGAAAAUUGGUGACACCACACUAGCAAAGGUUGGUGAAGGAUUCCGAAAAUUGAAACAUCUCAUGAUGCUUCGCUGUGAUGCGAUUAGCGACGUUGGCCUAGAAGAUAUUGCAAGAGGAUGCUUGCAGCUGGAGGCGUGUGGGGUGUUCCGCUGCUCUCAGGUAACUCCAGCAGGCGUGGCAGCCCUAGCUGGAGGCAGCUCCAGAUUGCAGAGGAUCAUUGUUGAGAAGUGUAAGGUGCCAGAGGAGGCCACAGGGAAGUGCAGGAUGAUCAAUGAUCCCAUCCUUAUUUCUUAUUAUUAAGACGUGAAAUUGAUGUCUUCCGGGCAUAGCUGUGAAGGAAAUCCUUUGCUCGUUUGAGCUUACAUACAUUUAAAAUGUGAGAAUAUUUUAAACAAUGAUUUCCUGGAUGAUGGUUGAACUGGUGGGUUUUUAUUGUUGGAAUGUUUUAAGGAAACUCUUUGCUCGUUGUAGUUUACAUACAUUUAAAAUUCCAGAAUGUUUUUAAACAAUGAUUUGCUGGAUGAUGGUUGAA